GCGAGCCAACUUCGAUAGAUUACACAAUGCGGCUUGUUUUUACGGGAAAUUCUGUUUUUAAACGCCUGCUGCACACGGAGAUUGCCGGAAAGUAUGCCAAGCAGCAGCCGCGGAACCUCAAGGGCCGGAGCAAGAGCUCCCAGGAGUGGCUCACGCGCCAGCUGGCGGAUCCGUACGUGGAGAAGGCCCGCAUGAUGAACUAUCGCUGCCGAAGUGCCUUCAAACUGAUGGAGAUUGAUGACAAAUACGGAAUACUGCGGCCCGGAGACACAGUUCUGGACUGCGGAGCCGCUCCUGGGAGCUGGACGCAGGUGGCCGUGGAGCGGACCAAUGCCAAUGGAAAGCAGGAACGUGCGCCACAGGGAGCCGUCUUCAGCAUCGACCUGUUGCAUUUCCAUGCUGUACCGGGCGCCACAAUCUUCGGUGGCAUGGAUUUUACUUCCUCCCUAUCACAGAAACGCUUGAAGGAGUCACUUAAGGACAGAAGGGUCAACUGCGUGCUGUCCGACAUGGCGCCCAAUGCCACUGGAGUAAGGAUGUUGGACCAGGAGAGCAUCACGAACCUCUGCUACGAGGUGCUCCGCUUUGCCCUUGCCAUGUCCGCCCCGCAGUCCCAUCUGGUGGUCAAGGUGUGGGACAAUGGGGAUGUGCCCAAGCUGGAGCGGGAUAUGCUCAGGUUUUACGAGAAGGUAAAGCGCGUGAAACCCCGCGCCAGCCGCGGAGAUUCCGCCGAGCACUUCCUAGUGGCCAGAAACUUUAAAGGAACACCGGAAAGUUAAACAAAUAUAGCCUAACUCAACUUAGAUUAAGCCCAGUUUAUAAAAACUUGUUAAGUCUUUUGUUUCAU